AUGCCUGGUGGGGAAGACCAGUAUCACUGGGCACUGAUAGUCGGACCCAAACAAGAGAACGAGACAGCGACUGGGUGGCGUUAUCACGCUAGAGAGCGAAUGGCUGGUAAAGGAGGCUCUAAGUGGUACUUCGAAGAGAGGGACAUCGGUGUCGUAGCAACGAGCAUGCUCCUGGUGCGUAUACUGGUUGGAAAGGUGGAGAAAAUGGAGCGCAUUCAAGCACUUCUUCGCACCGUGCCGAUCAGAUCUAGCGAGCCAGGAUGGAACUGUGUUGGUUAG